AUGCCAAACGGGGAAGACGUUCGACUUAAAGUCGAUCAUGUUAAAAGUAAAAAAGUUGAAGGAACAUUAUAUAUGAUGAGUGAGCGUAUGGGUUGGAUGCCUAAACAUAAAGAUGUAUUUACAUUAUCUUUUGAUUAUUGUGAUAUUAAAUAUCAUCGUAUAUCAUCGGAUCAGAAAUCUAAAAUACGUUUACAAAUUGUUUGUUAUAAUGAAAUGAUGACAACAUUCCAUUUUUGUAAUCCAAUUGGACUUGAUGCACAAAGAAAAGAUCGUGAUGCUGUUUCGGAUUUACUUAAAAUUCUAUUACCAGAAUUUAAAACAAUGAUGGAUCAAGCAUUAGAAGUUAAAACUAAAAUUUUAAAUGAAAAUAAAACAGUUUAUCAAUUGUACAAAGAUCUAGUUAUUAGUGGUUUGGUACCAGCCGAUGAUUUUUGGAGUAAAUAUGUUGAUUUUGACAAAUUAACAGAAAGUACAAAAAAAACAAAAUGCUGGCGUAUCUGGUGCAUUUUUAACAAAUAUUCGUCCUGA